AUGGGCAACAUUGCAACUGAGAUCGUUGCCUUUCUUCUGGCCGUCUCUGGUUGGAUCCUGGUGUCGUCCACGCUGCCAACAGACUACUGGAAAGUGUCAUCUGUCGAUGGGACGGUCAUCACCACAGCAACCUUCUGGUCUAAUUUGUGGAAAACGUGUGUGACUGAUUCCACUGGCGUGUCCAACUGUAAGGACUUUCCAUCGAUGCUGGCUUUGGCUGCCUAUAUUCAGGUGUGUCGGGGUCUGAUGAUCGCUGCUGUGUGUCUGGGAUUCUUUGGUGCCAUUCUGGCCUUGAUAGGAAUGAAGUGCACAAAGAUCGGGGGCUCUGAGACUACCAAAGCUCGACUGACUGUCCUGUCAGGCUUCCACUUCAUUCUCUCGGGCAUCUGCUGCAUGACGGCGUGUUCCAUAUAUGCACACAGGGUCACGACUGACUUCUUUGACCCCCUCUUUGUAGCACAGAAGUUUGAGCUAGGAGCAGCUCUCUUCAUUGGCUGGGCUGGAUCUGUGUUGUGCAUCUUGGGAGGACUUGUCUUCUGUCUCUCACUGUCUGAAGGUUUCAGUCUAAGUGGUGAAUACUCUUAUAAUGGAGUGACAUCGCUUGUGACAAAGCCCAACAAACACAGCAAGACGACUAACAGCCUGCAGAAGGAGCCACGGGAGCAAAUGAGACAGUUCGGCAGGAAUGCCUAUGUGUAA